AUGCGCUUUGAUUUGUCCGUCUCUAGUCGCAGUGUGCUCUUUGCUCAAGGCUUCGGCAAACUCUAUCGAGGUGGCAUACACUUUCUCUUCCCAGCACGUUUAUUGAUGUUUAUUGCAUUCUGCAUGUAUGGCCCAGCACACUGGCGCUGGAGCAAACAAGGCUGGGAAAGAAUAACCAGAGAAAGUCUCGUUACCUGUGGCCUGUGGAUGCCAAUGUCGCAUCCGUCCCGGGACUACUACAAGGUGCUUGGUGUCGAGAAGACUGCUUCCGACGGGGACAUCAAGAAGGCCUAUCGCAAGCUGGCACUCCAAUGCCAUCCAGACAAGAAUGCUGGCGACAAACAGGCCGAGGAGAAGUUCAAGGAGCUGGCAGAGGCAUAUGCCACGCUGAGCAAUGCCGAGAAGCGCCGCCGCUACGAUUGCGAGGUUCAGCCGACGAGGCAUUGUGGCACGAAGAGCGGCGACACUGCCUUUCAAUGGUGGGGCAAGAAACCCGGCGAGGGCCCAGGAAAUCCCUUCGCCAAGCCGAGCUGGGUUGGUGCUCCUGCGGCCCAGGAGGAGAGAGAAACGGUCCACGGCUACCACGGCUACCAUACCGGCGCAUUCAUUCGGAGGGGCUUCACGUUGCAAGAGGCUACAGGUCUUUUUCAGAGCCUCUUUGGUGGCGACCCCUUUGAUGACUUCAUUGAUGCGAAAGCUCGAGAGCCAUUCGGAUGGAGAGGAGGACAGCGUGCGUCCAUAUCCAGCGACAAGAAGUCAUGGGAUGUCAAGAUCACACGUAUCAAGCGACCAGAUGGCACAGUCCUCAUUGAGCGCACAGACUCUUCGGGCACUACCCAGACGGUAGAAGAAGGACGCAACGGUCCACACGGUGCAAGUGGAGCCGCUGCAACGCCUCCUCGUGAUUCAGCGCCCUGUUUCAGGAGAUCCGGCUCUGGUCGUGCCUGGGGCCAGGAGAAGGAGAUGCUGGGACUCUCGCCCGCCGGUUCGGCGAGCAUCGGGGGAAACGUGCAAAGAGGAAGCUGGGCUGGAGCUGGAGUUAGCAAGGCCGGGGGCCGCGGUGCUUUCGUGAACUGGAGCUCGAACUGA